AUGGCGGUUUCCGGUCGUAAAAUAUCGGAUUUCAAAGGUUCAGUAUCAACGGGUUCAGGCGAGGACUUCGCGCAUAGUUGUGUCCCUUGUUUAUCUGACGACCAACAUGUAGAAGCUCAUGGAUUUUGUGUUGAUUGCCAGGAAUAUUUAUGUAAAACCUGUCUUCAUUGCCACAAGAAAACGAAAGCCUCGAAAAACCAUCAGUUGCUUGAUAUAGAUAAAGUGGACAAACAUGCCACGACUGAUCAAACGUCAAAUGUCUGCACUGAAAAAUGCCCAACUCAUAGAAAUGAAGUCAUCAAGUUCUUUUGCCCGAAGCAUGAAGAGCUGGGCUGUACUGAUUGCAUGAUAAUGAAGCAUAGGACGUGUGACCUUGAGUAUAUACCAGAUACAUGUACAGGUAUAGGGGACAGUAAAGAAUACAAGGAGACAAUGAGUAAUCUGGAGAAGAAACUUAAAGAAGCGGACGUUGUUAGUAAAGAAGCUAUAAAAAGAAACCAGGAAAUAGAUAUUUGGCAUGACGAGGUGAUAAAAGAUAUAACACAAUUCAGAAAAGAAAUAAAUGAUCAUUUAGAUGCACUGCAAGAGAAGAUUGAGGCAGACGUUACAAAACGGAAAUCCUCGGAUAAACAGAAAGUGAAUGACGUUCUGGAUGUAUGCGCAACUCUUACUUCAAACAUCAAGAAAUCAAAGUCCAAUUUAAUGGAGCAUAAAGCAGCUAAACAAAAUGGUGACCUUUUUAUUGCUAUAAAACGGGCGAAACCAACACUACAGUCAGAAGAGGUGAAACAGGCUGAAAAUGUCAUUGGAAAGACGAUGACUUGGCGAUUUGAAUGCAACAAAGCUUUUGGGAACAUUCUAUCGAUUGACAGCUUUGGAAAAUUGGCGGAAUAUUCCACUAGUAGGGCUUCGGCUCCUAAGAGGCUUACCAGUUCUACCAAGCUGUUACACUUUCCAGAAAGAAACAGUCAGUUAUCUCACAAAGAAGAUAUAAAUGUAAGAACGGAAACAGAUAGUUGGUCAUGUUCUAUAUUUGGUUGUGCCCUCCUCUCAUCUGACAUACUUGUUCUGACGGAUUAUAACAAUAAAAAGUUGAAAGUUGUAAAUACACUGACGAAGACAGUAGUUGACGAGAAAACAUUAGACUCUACUCCAUUUGAUGUGGCCGUUCUUCCGGAGGAUGAGAUUGCUGUGACAAUGCCAGAUAAAGGAGAGAUAUUGAUCAUAAGAACAAAUGGACAGCUGUCAACCUCCCGCAGUAUUAAAGUUCAAGGACGAUGUAGAGGUAUAACCUACCAUCAAGACCAUCUUUAUGUGGUUUGCGCUAGUCCUAGCUGCGUUCUUGUAUUGGAUACCAAAGGCAAUGUCAAGAACAUACUUUCACUUAAAGAUAAAACUGGUUUUGUAUAUCCACGUAACACUGAGCUUAGUCAGGAUAGCCAACUGCUCUAUAUCAGUUAUAGUCAAUCUGACCUGGUGGAAAGUAUAACGUUACAAGGUGAAAUAUCCGCUAAAUACAACGGUACUUGGAAACCUAAUGGAAUGUUGAUGCUAGAUGACGGAUCACUUCUGGUGUGCAAUAUUACGGAAAAUAGCAUUUAUCGACUUCCAGCAAACUUCAAACAAAGCCAACAAGUAGGGACUGGUUUAAAUAAUCCAGUGUCUAUAUGUUGUAGUCCUGAGAAAAAAGAGGUAUAUGUUGGUUGUAGGGAUUGUGACCAACUGAAAGUUUUCAGUCUACAAUAG